AUGGCAGCUCUGCAGCUGGCUGGGUCAGAUGACCUUGCAUCAGCGGGUGUGCUUGCCUCGAAGACCGGCCUCGCAGAGUCGCAGAGUGCAGGGUCUCGAGUCCGGAAGGCAAAUAAAAAAUCCGUGGGCUUGCAGACGCUGGGCAUGCACGGUUGGGAGAAGUUGCCAGAGAACCAGUAUCUGCCUUUGAUGAGGGCCGUCGUUCAACAUGGCCCCGUGGCCGUCUCCGUCAGUGCAGAUUCGUGGGAUCUGUACCUGAAGGGCAUCUUCGACUACUGCGGCAAGGAUGCCAUCAUCGACCAUGCCGUCACCCUCAUUGGCUAUGGAAAGGAUGCCGAGUUGGGGAAGAAGUACUGGAGGAUUCUCAACUCCUGGGGAAAAAACUUUGGCGAGGAUGGUACCAUCCGCAUCCUGCGCAAUGACCAGGAGGAGAGCUGGUGCGGCAUCGACAAUCAGCCGGAGCUGGGAACCGGCUGUGCCGGUGGCCCCAAGCAGGUGAGAGUCUGCGGCAUGUGUGGCAUCCUCUACGACACUGCCAGGCCGAUCUUCCAACGCUGA